AUGUUCCGCAGCUACAUCAAACAAGACAGAAAGUUUCCAAAGAGCUCUCGAUCUAACGUGACAUCGUCCACUUACAUUACUGGUACACCUACAUGUGCGACCUGCUCGACUCCCGUCACUGAAUUGGUGCCGCCAUCUUCCACCCCGAUACCUGUCCCGAGCGGCGCGUGCAGGCUGUCCAGCAGUUGCGGAUUGGGAGCGUUGACCGUUCAAGAAAUCAACAACACAUUGCUCGUGGCUGGAGCUUAUGGAAGUAAAACUGGUGAUGAAGGUCCUGCGCCUGAUUACUAUCUUACUGAAAACCUUACUCCUCUCAACGUCGGCACGACCACGAACAUGAGCAUUCCAUCGCUUGUAGGCGACAACAGUGACGUUGAAAUGCUUGACGAUGGUUCGGGUGGCAUCAUCUAUUACUACCCUGACGCUGUGGGUACAUACGCAGGGUUUGACUUCAAUCCUAACAACUUCACAAUCGUUUGGACUGGCUAUUUUGCGCCACAGGUGUCUGGCAGCUAUCAAUUCUGUAUGAAUUAUGCGGACAAUCGGCAAGCCUUCUACAUCGGAUCUGACAACGCAUUCCCAUGCGGAGACUCUGCUAACGCAGCUACACCUACCAACGCUACGGCAUUCCAGGAUUAUUGGUUCGACAACCCGACUUUGUUCUUAUCUGUCUGCCAGAACAUGACCUUGACUGCGGGUUUCUACUACCCAAUCCGGGCUGUCUACGGUAACAACGGCCUUCCAGCUUCAUCUAACUUCACAGUCAGUGGACCAGGUCUCGGCACGAAUGUCACGGACUUGAGUGGUCUCAUUGCGCCGGCGACUUGCAGCUAG